GGAGAGGGAGCCGUGGCCCGCGCAGGCCGCGUAACCCGGCUCCUCCUGCCGACAGCACCCCGCGAACUGACGGGGAACACGGCGGCAGCGGAAUCAGCCCGCCUGUGCUUAUUCACCGCCCCUCCGCUCGGGCUCCCCCGACCCGGCCGCUGCCGGUUCCCCGCAGUGACGACCGCUCCCGUGUGCGGGGUCGGGGCCGCGCUGCAGCCGGGGGCGGGGGAACCCCCCUCGGGUGCGCGUACGGAGAGCGCUCGGCGGGGAAAGGGGCGGCCGGCGAGUGCGGGGCGGAGCGCGGAGCGCGGAGGAGGAAGAAGAGGCGGAGAGCGCGGCGCAUGGCUGUGUGGCCCUUCCGCGUCCUCAGCAGGAUGAAGAUGGAUGGUGCUCUGCUGGUUACACUCUGGCUGUGCAUGGUGACCCUUGGCACUGGCUCGGAACGCUGUGAUGACUGGGGUGUGGACACCAUGAAGCAGAUCCAGCUUUAUGAUGGAGAGCCUGCCAAGAUCAAAUGCCCACUUUUUGAGACCUUCUUGAAGUACAACUACAGCACAGCCCAUUCUGCUGGCUUAACCCUGAUCUGGUACAGGAUUGGGCAGGACCGGGAUCUGGAGGAGCCCAUAAAUUUUCGCCUGCCAGACAACCACAUCAGUAAGGAGAAAGAUACCCUUUGGUUCUGGCCUGCUCUUCUCAAUGACACUGGGAAUUACACAUGCAUGCUGAGAAAUACUACCUACUGCAGCAAAGUUGCAUUUCCCUUGGAGGUUGUUCCAAAAGACCCACACUCUUGUGUGAGCCAUUCCAUAAAACCCACUGAGGAGAUGUUCUACUUAGAGCACGCCAAUGAGAAGAUUGUUUGUCCAGAUAUUGAUGGAUUUUACCCUGCCAGUGUAAUACCAACUGUCAAGUGGUACUUGAACUGCAACUUGGUGGAUGGCUUCCAUGAGCGACACCCUCAAGGGCCCAGGCUUGUCAUUCACAUUGUCCGCAGCACGUACCAAGGCAAUUACACCUGUGUUGUGACAUUCAAGGACCAUGGAAGAACCUAUAAUCUCACCAGAACAAUAAAGAUGAAGGUAGUGGGAUCUCCAAACAAGGCCUUGCCACCACAAUUCAUCUCUCCAAAUGAGAAAGUUAUCUACGAAGUGGAAGCAGGAGAUGACCUUGUUCUGCCCUGUGAAGUCUUCUUCACUUUCCUGAAGGACUCUCGGACUGAAGUGUGGUGGACCAUAGAUGGGAAAAACACAGACUACAUCACGGACUCCAGGAUAAAAGUAGCACAAAGUGAAGAAACUAGAGAGUUUGAAGACAAAACUGUCAGAAGGACUCUAACAGUUUCAAAGGCCACACCAGAGGACUUGAAACGGAACUAUACUUGCUACGCCAGGAACGCCAGAGGCGAGGACCGUGGCCAGGCCGUAGUACGCAUGAAAGUUGUAGCACCGAAGUACACUGUGGAGCUGGCCUGUGGACUGGGGGCAACCAUCCUGCUCAUCGUGGUGCUGAUAGUCGUCUAUCAUGUUUAUUGGCUUGAAAUGGUCUUAUUCUAUCGAGCUCACUUUGGGACAGAUGAAGCCAUUCUAGACGGGAAGGAGUAUGAUGUGUACGUGUCCUAUGCGCGCAACGCGGAGGAGGAGGAAUUUGUGCUGCUGACGCUGCGAGGAGUCUUGGAGAAUGAAUUUGGGUACAAGCUGUGUAUCUUUGACAGAGACAGCCUCCCCGGGGGAAAUACCACCGAAGCUGUGUUCGACUUCAUCCAGAGGAGCCGCAGGAUGAUCGUGGUCCUGAGCCCUGAUUACUUGACAGAGAAGAGCAUCAGUCUCCUGGAGUUCAAGCUGGGGAUCAUGUGCCAGAAUGCCAUUGCCACCAAGCUCAUCGUGGUGGAGUACAGGCCACUGCAGUGCACCCACCCCAGCAUCCUCCAGCUGAAGGAGUCUGUCUCCUUUGUCACCUGGAAGGGGGAGAAGUCCAAGCGCUCCGGUUCCCAGUUCUGGAAGGCGUUGCGGCUUGCCCUGCCACUGCGCAGCCUGAGUGCCAGCGCUGGCUGGAACGAGAGCUGCUCUUCCCAGUCAGACAUCAGCCUGGACCCCAUCCAGAGGAGAAGAAGCCGCUUGAAAGGGCAGCCUGACCCGCGGGGAGCCGCGACGGUGACUUUUGCUCCCGGCGGGACGGCCCGGGUGUCUGAAUCGAAGGCCAAACACCGAGCCAAGCACUUUCUGACCUGCCGGUGUUGCGGGACCUAUUGCAGCGGCGGCAGCAGACUGAAGCGCAAGCCCCGCGCCGUGGCCGAGCCCAGGUGGGACGCUCAGCUCCGCAGGUCGGGCUCAGGCAGAGCGGCGGCGCAGGGCGCUCCGGGCAGGAGCCGAGCCGAGCCCGCCCCGGCACAGGCUCCCGCUCUCGCCCUCUGCCAUUACAGCGACCUGUCCAACAACAACGACUUCUACGUGCUCUAGCCGAGAAGCUGGCGGCACGGCAGGUGCCGGGCCAGCAGAAGCAGCUCACUGCAGCCUGCCCCAGCCAAGCUGCGUGUACAGUACCGCAGGCUGGCGCGGCGGUGCGCACCGUCAGCUCCGUGCCAGCGCCGAGGACUGCAGCUAUCGCUGGUGGUCUGGGCCGGGGACCUGCAGGGACAGAGCAGCGGCUGGAGGCUGCCUGCCCGGGUCCUUCUCGUUCAUUUCAGUUGCGAAAUGGAGCUAAGUAUGGAUCUCUCUGGUGUUGCUUUCCUCCAGCUGCCCUUGUCUUUGCCACGGGGCUGCUGCUAGGGUUGGGUGCGGGAGGGCAAGACCCCAGCUGGAGGUGGAGAGGGAGAAGCUGUGCUCCUGGCAGCAAGCUCUGGGAAAGGGACAGCAAGUCUACGUUUUGCAAAGGAUAAAACUUUGCUAACGAGAGCAGCAUGGAGCCUUAGCCAGUGCAGGAGUGCGCCGUGCAGCAUGGUGCUUUAUCUACUGUGCUUUAAAAGAGCCUGGUCAAAGGUUUCAACACAAGUCUCUUCUCUCUAAAUAAAACUGGUUUAUUUAA